UAGCAAUUCCACCUUGGCAGUCAUCCAUGGAUCUUUCUUUGGACAUCUAAAGGGGCUGACUGUUCUAGAUCUCAGCUGCACCGGAAUCACGGAAUUACCGGACUCCAUCUCUGAGUUGGAGAGCUUGGAAGCACUGUUACUGCAAGGUUGUUCCUCAUUGCGUUUUAUUCCUUAUUUAGGAAAGUUGCGAUCCCUAAGAAAGUUGGACCUCACUGAGUGUAGAAGUCUUGGAGAAGUGCCAGAGGGCAUGGAGAUGUUGGCAAACCUGAGGUGCCUCGCCCUACUUCUUGCAGAGAUCCAGACAUUACCGGAGGGAGUGUUGGGGAAGCUGGUGAACUUGCAAUAUCUCUCGAUUAAUGAGCUAAGGGUGGGAGAAGAGGUAAAAUUACUGGAGGUGGAGGAACUUUAUUGUUCUGUUUCCGAUGUGGAAACAUUCAAUGCAUGCGUGGGGUGUCUUGAGCGAAAUGGAUCCGCAUGCUACAGGCUCAUGAUGGGUGAACGAAGCGGUGAGGUCCUUUGGGGUGGGAUUGACACUGAGAGGUUGUUACUCAUUGAUAGUUGCGACCGUAUCGCCGGGAGUGUAGAUGGAACAAGUGGUGAUGGCUGCGUUCUGCUUCCGGAAAGUGUGCAAUCAUUGGUAUUGUCCCGGUGUCAUAAAAUGAAGAGAGUGAUGGAAUGGGAGUGGCUGACUGCUCACCUUCCAAAUCUGGAGGAGAUUGUAACCAUUAGUUGUGAGAACUUAGAGGAGAUAAUACAUGGGCCAUUGCCAAGUGAAGCCACUUGUCGCCUUAGACAUCUUGAAGUAAAUGGAUGCAACAACAUGAAGAGGGUGCUGCUGACGCAAGACAUGGUGCUCCAUCUCCCUUUCCUCGAAGAUAUAGUAGUCCAAGACAGCAAGGGCAUAGAGUUGAUAAUGGGCACUGUUGCCAAAAUGACGUACUUCUCCUUCCCAAAGUUAAUGAACCUGGUUCUACAUAAACUUCCGGAACUGAAGAGUGUAUGUGAUGGGAUCAUGAGAUGCAAUUCCCUCCAGAGGGUUUCUAUAGACAAUUGUCCAAAACUGAAGAGGAUUCCUCUGCAGCUGCCCCUGCUUGACAAUGGGCUGCCUUCUCCUCCCCUUCUCUUCGAGAGAUUCGGAUAAAUCGGCAGAUGUGGGAGUCGCUUGAGUGGGAUCAUCCCCUUGCCCGUUCUUCACUUGAACACUUAAUCAAGUUUCUUGACUGAUGAAAGCGAUGGAGGAUCCUUUUGAGUAUGAAUCGUCUUCUGAUGGCAGUGGACAUCAGCCUCAACGCCAUUGCUACAUCAAUGUGCUCGAUUUAUGUUUAAAGUACCUCUGAACUUUGUGAUGACAUAUGGUUAAUUCAUGCCUUAUUUUAUAAUCUAUGAUAACUACGUCAGGUUUCUGGAGUCUUGGGUUUGUAUUAUCCCUUAUUUCUACCUCGUGAAACAUUUCUCUGU